CAUAAUAAUAAACAACAAAAAAUCGUUGAUCAAUUGAGGGAGAGCAAGCUGCAGCAGCGCUCAAUCCCAUAGCCACCUAUAAAUACAAUGCAUCUUCGUAGAAAAUCUAUUAUAUCAUCGAUCAGCUACACUUAAUUCGAUAUAUAUAUCGUUCUGGAUCUCUACCUGGCAAUGGAAAGCAUGGGUUGGAUUUGGGCGACGGUGGCUGCAUUCAUAUUCAUCCAUCUCCUUCGAAGAAUCCUGCUGACAAAGACGGCGCGAAACGCGAUGCCCCCCGGCCCGAGAGGGCUUCCCAUAUUAGGGCAUCUUCAUCUGCUGGGGAGCAACCCGCACCGGGUGCUGCACGAUCUUGCCCGCAAGCACGGCCCCAUCAUGGGCCUCAGGUUGGGCUCCGUGCCCACCGUCGUCGUCUCGUCGCCCGCCGCCGCAGAGCUCGUUCUCAGGACCCACGACGCCACCUUCGCCGGCAGGCCCCGCCAGGACGGCUUCCAGUACAUCAGCUACGGGCAGAAGAACCUGGCUUUCGGUCCUUACGGGCCCUACUGGCGGGAGAUGCGCAAGCUCUGCACGGCGGAGCUGCUGAGCACCGUCAAGAUCAACCAGUUCCUCCCCAUGAGGGAGGCCGAGAUGCAGCUGCUGGUCAGGUCGCUGAGACAGGCCGGCGAGAGGCGAGAGGCCGUGGACCUCAGCACCAAGCUGGUGACCGUGGUUAGGGACAUGAACUGCCUGAUGCUGUUCGGGAAGAAGUUCGGCGAGGACGGCGACGACCUGGACGAUAAGAAGUUCAAGGACGUGAUCCUGGAGGCGUCGGUGCUGGGCGCCAAGUUUAAUCUGGCGGACUUUUUCCCGUACGUAGGAGCUUUGGAUCUGCAGGGGAUAAACCGGAAGAUGAAGGAGCUGGCGAAGAUCUUCGAUGGGAUUCUGGAGAAAAUCAUCGACAACCAUGUUCAGAAGAAGAAGAAGCGAGGGGGCAGUGAGGCGGCGGCGCCGGCGCCGGCGGAGGAUUUCGUGGGCACGAUGAUGGGUAUCCUGGAGUCUGGCAAGGCCACUUUCAAAUUCGAUCGGACCCACGUCAAGGCUAUACUGCUGGACAUGCUGAUCGCGGGGACGGACAGCGCGGCGACGGUGACGGACUGGGCGCUGACGGAGCUGAUCAGGCACCCGGAGAAGAUGAAGAGGCUGCAGAGGGAGGUGGAGGGGGUGGUGGGGGGCAGGGACAGGAUGGUGGGGACGGCGGCGGAGCAGCUGGAGAAGAUGGAGUACCUGGACCAGGUGGUGAAGGAGACGCUGCGGCUGCACACGAUCGCGCCGCUGAUGCUCCCCCACGAGGCCCUGGAGGAGUGCGUGCUGGAGGGGUUCCGCAUCCCCAAGAAGGCGCGGGUCAUGGUCAACAUAUGGGCCAUCCUCAGGGACCCGGAUGUGUGGCCCGACCCGGAGAGCUUCGUCCCGGAGAGGUUCGAGGGGCGGAGGGUGGACAUGAGCGGGCAGCAUUUCGAGCUGAUACCCUUCGGGGCGGGCAGGAGGAGCUGCCCGGGGAGGCAGGUGGGGCUCCUGGUGGUGAAGCUGCUCCUCUCCCAGCUGGUCCACUGCUUCGACUGGGAGCUCCCCGACGGCCUCCGCCCCGCCGACUUGGACAUGUCGGAGAUCUUCAGCAUCGUCACUUGCAGGGCCGACCAUCUCAACGUCAUACCUGUUUAUAGGUUGUCCCAGUAACUAACUA